GCCAGUUCUAAGCAGCACACUGGCUGAUAAGAACCUUCCAGCUGACUGCCGGUGACUGGCACCAUGAAGGAAGACGUGGCUCUUCUAGCUACUGUUACCCUCUUGGGAGUUCUGUUGCAAGCCUACUUCUCCCUGCAGGUGAUCUCUGCGCGCAGGGCUUUCCACGUGUCGCCGCCACUCACUUCUGGACCUCCCGAGUUCGAGCGCGUCUUCCGAGCCCAGGUGAACUGCAGCGAGUACUUCCCGCUGUUCCUCGCCACGCUCUGGGUCGCCGGCAUCUUUUUCCACGAAGGCGCUGCAGCCCUGUGCGGACUGUUCUACCUGUUCGCGCGCCUCCGCUACUUCCAGGGAUACGCGCGCUCGGCGCAGCUCAGGCUGGCUCCUCUGUACGCGAGCGCGCGCGCGCUCUGGCUGCUGGUGGCGAUGGCCGCGCUGGGUUUGCUGGUCCACUUCCUCCCCGGCACGCUACAGGCAGCGCUUUUCAGAAGACUUCAGGCCCUCCUGCAGAUGGCUUGAGGCGAAGGACCUCCGAGUCAGCGCUACUGGAGAAGAGCUUAGAGCAAAACGCAGGGGUGCCCGCAUUCGAAUCUCAGUUUCUAAUUAAAGUUCCCACGACUGUCCCGCCUACGUUCUCUGGGUCGGAGAAGGUUGCUUACUUACCAGGGGCCCCAUCCCCCGACAGACGUAGCCAGGCUUUGGGAGGCGGCGUGGGCUUGCUUGGAUUGGAGCUUCUCUCACUAUAUAUACCCUCCUCUAGACAGCACCUUGCCUGCGCCAUUACCCCUGCCUUGACAUUUAUUUCCAGAGAUAGCCACCCUUCACCCUCCUUUCUGUGAUUGGGGCUCUGCUUCCUCUCAGGCUGAACCUCAGCUACUGGAAUCUUGUGUGCCUUGUUGUCCUCCACUCCCAGCCCCGACUUCACAACUAGAAUCAGUUGGUUUUUCCCCAAGUGAGAAAUGAGUUCCUGUUUUUGAUCAGCCCUAGAUCUCCAACAUCAGAUGAGUGUAGGUGUUCACGGUCCCUGUGGAGGCCCACAUAGCGUGAGCUUGACCAGGAAUGUAGUCAGUGAUACAUUCUCUGAAGUGGACCUCAGGGUGCUUGAGGAGGGCCGGACUUGAGGAAGGUUGCUGACAAAACAUCUCUAAAGGACUUUCUUAUCCUAGCUGGCCAGGGAAAAUGCUUCUCAAACAGGCCUGACAUUGUGUGCAAAGGCCCUGAGGUGGGUGAAGAUGGCCCAUUUAUUUUAGAGAAGACUAUAGUCUCUAAAUGAGCCAGAUGCUGUGGUUCCUGGUUGCAAUUGCAGUACUUGGAAAGCUGUGACAUAAACUGAAGGCCAGUCUGGGCUACCGUGAGUUCCAGGGCAGCCUCACUGUCUCAGUUCCUCUGUACCCCCAACUCCUGGCCCUGCCACACACACAUACCAGGGUUCUACUACAUGAGACCAAGGGAAGAGGAGCAGGGAGAAAGACACUGAGGACCACCAUGAAAGGGGGUGGGGGAACAGGAAAGAAGUUGGCCAACAUCUCCCCCACUGAAGCAUUCAGGGGCUCAGGUCUUUACAAUAGUUGGGGUGGGUGCCAUGAUGCCACCCCAAGACGACAAGAGAAUGCUUUGGAAGCAGAUUCCUACAGAACAGGUAGGCACAACUUUGGGUCCAUGAAAGCCCCAGUUACUGACUCAGUGGCCAAAACCUUCCUGCUAAGUGGGGAUGAGAUCACGCUGAGGUAUGCCAACUGCGCACUGGGACACGUGACAUGGUAAAA